AUGGCCAUGGACAUCGCCAUCCUUGCCAUUCCAGGUCUAGGCAUGACGGAGACCUCACAAACUCUGUGCUCCUGCUCUUUACUUAUAGGGGUCGGCUGUAUAUUCGCAGGCACGAUGGUGCAACACUUUGGCGUGAGAAUGAGGUCCAUAGACUUCGUGUCAUAUUACCUGCGACAAAAGACGAAAAUGUUUAUCGUCAUUACUAGCAUACCGACUUCUUUUUGUGUGCUGAGUGUGGCGGGUGCUAUCCUCGGUUUUCUCUCAGGUGUCGCCACCGACUUCAAGCCAUCUGCACCUUUAAUGGUUUCAUCCCUUGUUACGCUCGGCGUUGUAGUGUCUUCAUUACUUGUUUUGGUGCUUGCUAGUUAUGGCCCAGGGCCGGCUAGGGUGCGGCCCCAGUGA